AUGGAGGACAACGGAAACGGUUCUUCGUACUCGCACGACAUCAAAGGCUCGCCCUCCUCUUCGGGCAUCGUUCAUGAUGCUCAACACCAGCACCAUCAAGUGCCUGCUCCCUUGAGCUCGAUACUUCCCGGCGCUGCUGCUGAUGACAACAAUGCAAAGGGUAAAGGGAAGAGCCCCGGCCGGGGUGCAGGAAAGAUGCACUUGUCCAAGAGCUUCAUUCAACAAGCCGACGCCGAGUUGCUCGCCACCUUGGGUUACAGACAGGAAUUCAAACGAGAGUUCUCUUCGCUCGAAGUCUUCGGUAUUGCAUUCUCGAUCAUGGGUGUGGCGCCUUCCAUUGCAUCGACACUGAUCUACUCGCUGCCCAGCGGUGGACCCGUCAGCAUGGUGUGGGGUUGGCUUGUGGGUUGCUUCUUCAUUUCCCUUACAGGCUUAGCACUGGGCGAUCUGUCCAGUUCUAUGCCGACCUCGGGUGGUCUGUACUACUGGACCUAUGUGCUUUCGGGCAAGAAGUAUCGCAAGUUUCUCUGCUGGACAGUAGGCUAUGCGAACACUCUGUCAACAACCUCGGCAGUGGCCAGUAUCGACUGGUCCGUCGCGAUUAUGAUUCUCGCCGCCGCUUCGGUUUGGUCUGACGGAAGAUACGUUCCGACUGACGGUCAAACCUAUGGCGUCUAUCUAGGAGUGCUCUUAUUGCAUGCUAUCCUUACAUCAAUUGGCACGCGUGCACUGGCACGCCUUCAAACAGUCGCCACCGUCCUCUGUGCCGGCCUCGCCGUCGCGAUUUGCAUCGUGCUCGGCACCACCACACCUUCGGAAUACCGCAAUACUGCCUCCUACGCUUUCGCCGGCUGGUACAACGAGACUGGUUGGUCGAAUGUUCCGGCGUUUCUGCUCGCAUUUUUGACGAGUUCAUGGACGAUAGCCUCGUAUGAUUCUUGUGUCCACAUUUCGGAGGAAGCAAGUAAUGCAGCCAAGGCGGUACCCAUGGGAAUCUUUUUCAGCAUCGUUUCCUCCUCAAUCCUCGGUUUCGGCAUCAUGAUCGCUCUCGCUUUUAACAUGGGAACUGACCUGGCAGCCGUAGUUAACUCAGAGUACGGACAGCCCAUGGCCACCAUCAUCUUGAACUCGUGCGGCAAAACCGGAUUUAUGGUCAUCUGGGUCUUCAUGAUCAUUGUCAACUUCAUGAUGGGAGCAAGUAUGAACCUGGCUUCGUCACGACAGAUUUUCGCUUUCAGCCGUGACGGUGCUCUUCCCUUUAGCAACUGGGUUUACAGAAUCAACAGCUACACGCUCACCCCUGUCAACAGCGCAUGGUGGUCCAGCGCUUGUUCCGCUAUCUACUGCUUGCUCGGCCUGAUCAACUCGGUGGCAGUCGGAGCCGUAUUCUCGCUCUCUGUCAUCGGCGCUUCAAUCGCGUAUGUCAUCCCUAUCCUAGCUCGUCUCAUGGCACCUGAUGACCGCUUCACGCCAGGCGUUUGGUAUCUCGGCGACUUCUGGUCCAAGACUGUAGCUUGGCUUAGCGCGAUCUGGCUCAUCUUUAUCAGCAUCAUCGUUUGCAUGCCUUCGUACGUCCCUGUGACUGCUGCGGCAGAUAUGAACUACGCUUGCGUCGUCACAGCUGCCACUUUCAUCUUCAGCACAGGCUGGUACUACUUCCCCAAGUACGGAGGUGUGCAUUGGUUCUCGGGUCCCAAAUCAAACAUCGAUGACGAGGAGGUUGUUGCUCACGAGGUCGCUCAUCAGCUACAGAACGAGGAAGAUGUUAAGAAGGCAAAGACACAACAGGAGGAGUUGAAUCAGACGAUUCGAGUGGAUGAAUUCAAAGAGUAG